AUGGCAAAAAUAAUCUUUAGACUUUAUUAAAUGUUCAUCCUAGGAGACUCAUGUAAUUAAGUAAUUUAUAAAUAACUAUUGCCAAAGAAAAUAUUUUCAGUAGAAUAAAAGAACCUUCUUUAAAGAUAAGUUAAGAUUACAUAAGGAGUUUAUAUACCAACUAAACGAUUAAAAGUUCAAGGAAUAAUAAUAACAGCAAGGAUUUAGUCUAAUCUUUAUUGUUGAUAAAUUAGAACCAUGAAUGGGAAAUAUAUUGAAGGAACAUUAAAAUUAACUUGGUAAUCGAUAUUGAAAUUGACUCAAUAAAGUCUGAUUGAUACAUGUUAUUAAAUAGCAGCAACCUGCUUUCAAAUAAGUGCAAACUAUUAACGAGAUAUAUUUCUUAGAUAAGUGU